UCAUUCCGACCGACCAACCCACCAUUUCGAGGGAUGGUACAGAAAUAGCACAUGGAUUCGCGUCUCGGUACGCCGUAGCGCUCGCAUAGCUUCCUCAUGGCUGUCCCGUUUCUCUUCCUCUCAUGCCAUCCAUUCAUCCAUCAUCCGACGAUUAGAAAAGUCCAGGUUCAUUUCAAGCACUUAAAACUCGACUUGGGCCGUAUAUACCUCCCUAACAGCCAUCAGCACGCUAGCAUCAAUCUCUCUCGCCUCGAUACUACAGUACACCUCGCCGCUGGGUUCCUCGCGCUGAAAUCGGAUCUUUCCGGCCGACCUUUCAAAGCGGUGCCGAAAAUCGAUCGAGCGAGCUGAGGGGGGGGGGGGGGAGGGGGGUGGGGGGGUAAAUAGACGUCGGGAUUGCGGUAGCCAGCAUCUCUCGUUGCGCGUUGCAGCAAGGGGACAGGCACCUCGAUCCCUCACGCGCUCACUGCUGCCCUCCGCACAGCUCGUCCUAAGUACAGUCUACUCCCGACUAUCAGAAAUCAGGAUGGUGAAUUCCUUGCGCCCCACCCACCGUUAGUAUCACAUCAUGCACGGUGUCGACUGACCGACUCACCACAGCCUCGACAUACAGACACGCACAUGCCCGUUAGUGACCUAAGGACAGCCCCUCUCGCUCGUCCUCGACGCGCCGCGCAUAAUUAGCUCCUGAAUUCUAAGCCUUUUGCGUUCUUAUAACGACCUACUGCACCACCCUAACCUUCUGCCACAACCACCCCCUCAUCUCCGUUCUGUCACAGUCAACGCCAACGCCAUGACCAUGGCUCCCUUCCGCCUCUUCUUCCUCCUACCUCUCCUCUCUCUACUCCUCUCCGCGCCUUCUCCCCCCGCCGCCGCCGCUUCCCCCGCGUCCGCUCAUCACGGGGGGAUCGGCGGGCGGGAGUUGCUGGACCAGCAGCGGAACUUCGGGGCGUGGUUCGACGCGGACGAAGCGGCGCUUUCCGCGCCCCUGUUCAGCGGCGCAGGGCAGCGGCUGGCGGACAAGGUAGCGUGGCAGCAGGAGCAGGUGCAGCAGCGCCUACGCAAGCUCAAGAAGAAUAUCGCCAACCCCGGGUCGUCGUCGUCGCCCAACAAGCAGGAUACGACGACGACGACGACGGCGACGGAUGGCGAAAUUGUUACCCCUACUGCGGUGACAGAGACUUCGCCAGACUGCCCGUACACGACAGCUGGUGCCGGCCGCGCGAACUUGCACAAGUGCGCGAUGGGCUACGCUGCGACCAGCAGUGUGACGGGGGGCGCGGCGAAGACCUGCGGCGGGAAAUAUCCAACGGGUUACGUGGUUACCACCGAGGAGGACGUGAGCAUUGGGUGGACCGAGGGGUCGUUGCGAUGGGCGAUGAAGUACUGUACCGCCGGAGUGUACAUCACUUUCUCGAAAUCUAUGAAGAUCACGCUUGUGCAGGCGCUGUACAUAAACUCGGACACUACUAUAGACGGGCGCGGGCAUCAAAUAGUGAUCACGGGCGGGCCGCUUAUAGUCUACGGCGUCUCGAACGUGAUCAUGCAUAACCUAGAAGUGGGCGACAUCCCUGGCGACACGGACAUCAUGCACAUCCGCAACACCACGCGCGUGUGGGUGGACCACCUCAAGGUGUACAACGCGGACCGCGGCACCAUCAGCGUCGUCUACGGCGCCACGGAUGUGACCGUCUCCAACAGCUACCUGCACAACCCUAACUUCAUGCAGCUGCUCGGCGCAGCCGACGACGCCUACUACGACCGCAACCUCCGCGUGACACUCUAUAGGAACUGGUACGACCGCUCGCAUCAGCGGCAGCCGCACUGCCGGUGGGGCUCGUGCCACGUGGCCAACUCGCUGUUCACCGCGUGGACGUACUACUGCCUGGGCGCGCGCGUGUACGGACGGAUACGAUCCGAGCGGAAUUACUUCAUAGCUUCGACCAAGAAGGAGGCGACGCCGUGGUUCAAUGGGGCGCUGUAUUACCCCAAUUUUGACAAUACGGGCACGAUCAGAUCGUACGGCGAUCGGCUGGUGAACGGGUCGGUGAUCCAUGAGUUCUUUGGGUCCAUGCCGGUGUUUAAUCCCCCUUAUAAGCUGGCGCUGAUGGAGCCCACGGACGACAUGAGAGACUUUGUUAUGCAGAAUGUGGGGCCGCAUUUCCCAGCCAGUGAGGCAUUGCCUUGAGUAGGUGAUUUAAGGAAAUAACUGGGGCGUUGUGCAUGCUCCCUGGCUUCCUGCAUUUGUGGCGCAUCGUACAUACUACGGAUACUUCCCCUGUGUUGAGUUCCAAGAAGGUGCUGCUUUGUGUUUUGAUGUACCGGUAGUGAGCUGUGCUGCUUCUGAUCAUCCAGUGGGCAGUGAUCAAGCAAGGGUGAACCUUGGGUUGAUUGGUUGGUUGGUUGGAGUCCGCUUCUCUAUCAAAUCCGACGUGCACACAUCGGUAGAGGGUUCGAGGAAGUAUGUGCCAGAGAGAAUGUGAGCUACGGUAUCUUUACAGGGAU